GGCCGUUGCCGUGGUGACCGGGACGCGGCGUCGGGGCCGCCAUGGAGCUGGUGCGGGGCCGGUACCUGGGGGGAGUCAUGCGCGGCAGGAUGGAAGGAUUCGGCUACUACACGCUGCCGACGGGCACGCAGUACCGGGGCUCGCUGUGGGACGGGAUGUUCCACGGGAAGGGCCAGCUGCUGAGCCGCAGAGGCGGCGGAUACCGGGCGCUCUGGGACCGCGGGGUGCCCACGCAGGGGAAAUACACUUUUACAGAUGGUCUCGAAUACGACGAGGAAAAAUGGCUCUACUGCGACGGCUACGACAGGAGAUUCUACACAGAAAUCUGUUCUGGUUUUAAACCGCCAGGCAUUGCUCAGCUUACAAAUCUGGAUCCUCCCAAAAUAAUCCCAGAAGGUUGUUAUGACUGUGGUGAUGGAUUCUAUAACCCCAAAACCAGAGUAGUUGUUGACUACAAACGCAAUUUUCUGAGAAAUGCAGACGAUGAAGAGCAUGAAUGGAUCCUUCGGACCUGCCGGAAAGCCUGGGAUGUAACAACUGAGCACAAACCAAAACCAUAAACCAGUUUUUCCUAGACAAUAUUCCAGCAAAGCAGACAGGAGAUGAAUGCAAAUGACCUGAGAUAAGGUUUGGUUCAGUGGCAACAGUCAGUGUGAAAUAUGUUGUGAAACAAUGUAUUGAAUAAAUUAGAAGAUUUCUUACA